ACCCUUCUUCUCAACCCUCAUUCUCAACUUUUGGUGUUGGAAAAGUUGCUGGCACCGUCGCAUCCUUUCACUUUCCUUCCUACCCAAGACCAACUCUCAAAUUCGCUCCUCAAGCCUUCAAGAUGGCGGACGACGCCCAGCAUGAGCACACCUUCGACUCGGCCGAUGCCGGUGCCUCCACCACGUAUCCGAUGCAAUGCUCGGCCCUGCGCAAGAACGGCUUCGUCUGCAUCAAAAACCGUCCCUGCAAGAUCGUCGACAUGUCCACCUCCAAGACUGGCAAGCACGGUCACGCCAAGGUCCAUCUGGUAGCCAUCGAUAUCUUCACUGGCAAGAAGCUUGAGGAUCUCUGCCCCUCCACCCACAAUAUGGAUGUCCCCAACGUCUCCCGCCGCGAGUAUCAGCUUCUUGACAUCGCUGACGAUGGUUUCCUUUCCCUCAUGUCCGAGGACGGAGAGACCAAGGACGACGUGAAGAUGCCCGAUGGUGAGAUUGGCGACAAGAUCACCCGUCUCUUCACCACCGAGGAGAAGGACACCAACGUCGUUAUCCUUACUGCCAUGGGUGAGCAGUUGGCUGUUGAGGCCAAGGAGGCUCCCCGCCAGAACUGAGCGACCUGCCCCCCAGGCAAGCUCGACGAUGACAACCUUCGUUGAUUAGCAUUGACGAAAUGAUGCCUUUAUCAAGAUGGAUGUCAACUGCGUGAGGUGGAUAUCUUCGAUGAUGCUGCUUGAUCGUUGAUGUCUGGGGAAUCUCCCCUUUUUGGUCGUUACGCAGAAGGGUUCUAUCUGGACAUGCACUUGUUUCUGCUGGGUAUAUGAAGUGGUCGUAAUCACUCCCACAGUUUCCACGUUUUCCUUGACAUGCCGCCUUCCCCGCGUCUUACGACACGUACAGCACAAACAAUAUGGAAAUCUGAAGCUUAUUGGCGGCGACAUGCUUGGCCCGUAGAAUCCACAAGUUUCCCAAGAUGUAUCUCUCUUACAAUUUGAACGAUGUGACUUGAUGUGAAAACGUAGCCGAAUAUUUGACCAUGCCAAUCGUCGCAAGUA